AGAGACGGACGAAGGCCAGUAGUGGAAAACCAGAGAGGAGAGAGAAGAGGCAGCGAGCAGCAGACCACUCUUUGACUGACGCCAGCAUGGGCUCCUUCUCCACCAUCACCAUCAGCUUCCUCCUCUUUCUGGCAUUUCAGUUCCCAGGGCAAACCAGAGCUAACCCCCUGUACAGCUCCAUGUCCAAUGCUGACCUGAUGGAUUUUAAGAAUUUGCUGGACCAUUUGGAGGACAAGAUGCCUUCAGAAGAUGAGGUCAUGCCCCCACAAGCACUAAGUGAGCAGAAUGAGGAAGCGGGGGCAGCUCUCAGCCCCCUCCCUGAGGUGCCUCCCUGGACCGGGGAGGUCAACCCAGCCCAGAGAGAAGGGGGUGCCCUUGGGCGGGGCCCCUGGGACUCCUUCGAUAGAUCUGCCCUCCUGAAAAACAAGCUGAGGGCACUGAUUGCUGCCCCUCGGAGCCUGCGGAGGUCCAGCUGCUUCGGGGGCAGGAUGGACAGGAUUGGAGCCCAGAGUGGACUCGGCUGCAACAGCUUCCGGUACCGAAGAUAAGGGCCAGACUCCGGCGGAUUGCAAGAAACCCUCUUCUCCUGGGGACUCUCACUCAACUUUGUCCCAUCUCCAUGAUACCGAGUUGUGACAAGCACCCUAUUCAAGAUGUAGCCUCCUAUCAACAUUUCUCACAUUUUAUGCUAAAUGUAGAUAAACUGGCUUAACUGUGGCUUCCCCUCUCUCUCACCCCAUGCAUUAAAUUUUAGGGUAAGCCCUCACCUGUUACUGAAAGAGAUUUGAAAAUGAAUAAACUUCAGCACCACGGACA